AUGUCAUACCCUCUAUCCCUCCCAGGCCUCAACGCAAAGGAAGCCAUCGUUGACGCCCUCUACCGGGCCGCCAUCGGCUUCGACCGCAAUGACCUCUCAAUCUUCGACUCCGCGUUCGCCCGUGAAGACGUCGUCCUCGAGCUCAAUUCCGGCACUGGCGAGAAAAGAUCCAUCAACGGCCUCGCUGCGCUCAAGGCAGGGGUCCUCGGCCAUGUCGGUCCAAUGGACACCACGCACAUGAUCAGCAAUGUGCGGAUCAACCACACAGAAGGAGAGGAGACUGCUUCGAUGACGGCUUAUGCUUUGGCUCAGCAUUGUCCGCCUGGAAGGGGAAUGGAGCCCGAUGGGCCGAAGUACAUAGCUGGUGGAGAGUACUCUCUUGAUCUGGUGAUGGACCACGGGGAUAAAUUGUGGAAGAUCAAGAAGUGGGUGCUUGAUAUUAUUUGGAGACAGGGAGAUCAGUCAGUUAUGGAGGGUCCUCGUCCCAGUUCUGAGUAG